UUUGGUAUUGUGGUGCGGCGUUGUUAAAGGCUUCCUCGUCAUAAGAUAUUUCUGACAGUCUUCUAUUUAUUGAAUCUGGUGCUUGCGACAUAAUUGCCAGCCCGUCAUCUCUAUAAAGACCAAUGUUGAUUUCUUGAAUCUGCUUUAGCUGGUGUAGUAAGAAGCAUCCGACCAAUUCGCAUGUCUCCGCUCCAUCGAAGCUCCCCAUUGUCACAUCGAAUAAUGUGGAAGAUGAUUUCUUCUUCCAUGCCAUGAAAGUACGAGUGAUCAUAAUAUCCUUCACCGCUGUUUUUACGCUGAUCUACCUUGCAUUGAAUAACUCGUCACUUGGUAGGAAAACAAUGUCAUUUUUCUCAGAAGGUUCCAAGUUGAAUAAUGGUUCCAAGUUAGAUAAUGGUUCCAAGUUGAAUAAUGGUUCCAAAGAUGAUGAAGAUUCCAAGUUAGAUGAUGGAUUGAGAGUGCACAUUGUAACACAGUACACUUUACACAACAAUUCAAAGAAGCUGGAAAUUAUUGAAAAGAGACAGAAAGAAAUGCUGGAGGCCUUACAGAUCAACCUAGAUCAUCCACAUGUCGCAAAGGUUCAUGUGUUAUGCAAAGACAACAGUGAGAUGCAAUACGUUGUGCACUCUAAGCUUAACAAUAGCGACAAACUGCUCUUUCAACACAUUGGUCACGAUCUUUGCUUCUCCGACGUCUUUCGGUAUAUCGGUGAAAAUCUUCUGGGAGAAACAGCGAUGCAACUAAAUAUAGACUGUUUCUUAGAGCAGGGUUGGCACCAAUUGAACAACACACUUCUACAAGACAAGACGAUGUAUGCCCUAACAAGACACGAGACGGACUACAGCAUCAAGCACUGCAACGGCAUAGAAUUCUGCCCUAACGAUAGAACCGCCACCCAAGGAAGCCAUGAUGCAUUUAUUGUUAAUCUUAUCUCCCCUCUUCCGGAGGCAAUGCUUAAACAAAUGGAAAUACUGAAGCUGCCCUAUGGCGGAAUCGAGCAAGCACUAAUUUCUCUGUUUCGCAAAUAUGGGUUUAAGGUGAAGAAUCCUUGCCGUAUUUUGCGCAUUUUUCACCAUCACUGCAGCCAAUAUAGAGACAUGGAGCAGAAGUACAUAAAAGGGCAGAGAAUUGACCAUUUCCUUGGCAUUGGUGGGAGUAGUGGGUUAGUUUACAAUACAGGUCUUUGAUGUUUAAAGAAAACAAAGUGAGUGUAAGUCGAAUAAACUAAAGUCACGCGGGAAAUUAA